AUGCCAGUUAUUCCAAGUCCAAAAAGAUCACGUUCUGCAAUAAGAAUAAAACAGGAUAAAUUUCGUAUUACCAUUCUUUUGACUACAAAUGCUAUUGGUACACAAAAACUUAAACCACUUGUAAUCGGUUCCUCAAAAAAUCCUAGAUGUCUCUACUGA